UUUUAUGCGCAAGCUUGCUUGUUGCUACCACAAGCAUCUAAUUACGCUCGCGAGUUGGCAGUUCUACCAGCUGCGGUCAUCUUCACAGCAGGUCCGCGCUCGACUCCCAAGCGCCUCCUAGUCCCAUAGUAUUACCCUAAGCGCUAUUUGGUGGCAGUUGCUGCGCCCGGACUAGCGGCGCUGCCACCACCAACUGCGAGCUACCGCACGAAGCAGCCAUGUCCAUCUACGACCUCAUCCAGCGCACAAACAUCAUCCUCAAGAAGUAUGAGAAGUAUGACGCUCCCAUCAAGACCAGGGGCAAUAAGACAGAUGACCCCUUCAUGGAAGAGUACCAGGAGGUGGAGGCAGAGCUGGAGAAGCUGCUCGAGGCUGCCAGCGACGUGGCCCUGGAGCAGAACAGAGCCCUGGUAGCAGCGAAGAACGCGGAAAUCCGCCGGGCAAAGAACGUACUGUUGACAGAGGCAGUACAGGCGCUGGAGAAGAAGGUCAAGAAGGGGAAAGGCCUGAACAAGCACAUCAUCGCUGACCGGCAGCAAAAGAUCAAGGAGCUGAUUGAAAAGGUCUACGCGGUGCCGGAUGGAAUGAGCAUGGCGGCGAGCCGCCGGCCAACGCGGAAUUACCAAAAGGGCAAGAAGGCGGAGGCGGUGUACAUCAACGGCGAGUUUGAGUCUAACCCUGCAAACCAGGAAGGGUACUACUCUCAUACGGAGGCGACGCAGGCCUUCGAGAAGGAGUGGGACGAGGCCAAGAAGCAGCAGGAUAAGCGGCUGGAGCGCAUCGAGGCGGGCGUCGUGGAGCUCGGGGAUAUGGCCCGCAAUAUCGGUGAGGAGGUCGACCGCCAAAACCCCAUCAUUGACGACAUUGAGCAGCAAAUGGACAAGGUGACGAACAACCUCAAAACCAACAACCAAAAGCUGCAAGGUGUCCUUAAAAACAUGCGCUCCAGCCGCAACUUCUGCGUCGACAUCAUCCUCAUUACUGUCCUGCUCGCCAUCGGCGCCUACAUCUAUGCGAUGUUUAUGUAAGCGCACUCGGUUUGGCGCUGGAUCUUACAGUGCUGGGUCUGCCAUUGGAGCGUGUGAAUGUGUGUGUGGGGGGGGGCUGGGUGGGACUGGCCACCUGCAGUGACUGGGUUGAGUCUGUGAGUGCAAAGAUGCAUAUUAGUUACGUCUCUGACUGCAUGAGCUGAACAUAUACGACAUUGUAGUACUUAGCGCUAUUGAUUUGAUUACCACUGACACUUAGACACUACGCGUGGUUUGUGCGGUGGACUAAGGGGCGGGGAUUUGGGUUCAUUGCUGCCAACCGACACGAGUUUGCAUGAUGGCAAGUGGCAGUCGUGGCUUGCAAUCACUGUUUUGUAUUAGACAAGGUGUAUUAGUCGUUAUUUAUCUACUGUGAGGCUUGCCAAGAAGCCCACGUUUCAAGACUUUUGCGUUUUGACGUCUCGCGCAACGACGCUGCUGAGCCAAACAUGUCGCUAGCUUACAAGGAAAUUACAGCAAGCGUAAUGUAAACGUCAGACAAGAAGGCAGCCGCGUUAGCUGACACUCGUCGCACCAGAGUCAAGGGGCGGGCGCCGGUGGUGCGUUUGCCAGAGGCUCGUCACAGGCACCAGCAAUGUUUCUUUGAAUGUUGUGACGAUGGCCAUGACGAUGGUCACGAGGAAGCACGGCUUGCGGUUAUUUUGGUGGAUGCUUGCGCUGGCGUUGAUAGCAAGUACGUAAUUUGGUGCCGCUGUGUUCAUACAUAUGGAUCGAAUACAUGUAUUUCGAUGAAGACCGCUGGGUCUUCCAAUGUAAGCUCUGACAUGU